AUGUUUGGUUUAUUAUUCACCCUUGCAUGCUCUCGUAGAACACACUACCAUCACAGAUCCACAAAUGGUGUUGGCGACAACAUUCUCGCUGUUGCCAGAUCAAAGCAGGGCUGCCCAUAUGUUUGGGGCGGCAAUGGUCCAUCCCAGUUCGACUGCUCUGGCUUAGUUAAGUUCUGCCACAACGCUUGCGGCAUCAACAACAUUGCUCGCGUUGCUGCUGAUCAGGCUAGAGCCGGCCGCCAAGGUUCUGGUGCUGCUGGUGAUGUUGCUUACUAUGGCUGGCCAGCUUACCAUGUAGGUGUUUGCUGCGGUGAUGGUGGUAUGAUUCAUGCUCCAAAGCCAGGCGAUGUUGUUAAGUAUCUAGCAUUCAAAUGGUGGGCUCCUUCUGGCUACCGCAGGUACUGGUAA